CAGAACAGAAACCACAAAACCAUGGGCAAUAGCAAUAGGCAGUUUUGGUGCGCUGCCCAACUGAUCCAAAACCAGCUGCUCCUUCCCCCUCCUUCGCCCACCUUAUACUCUCAUGCCUUUCUUCAAAUCAAAUCCCCAUUUCAUUACUUACACAUAUAUAUAUAAAUCUAUAUUCACACCAUUCAUUUUGAUUGAUUCAUUCAUUGUUGGAAUGGAAGCUACUAACGGUAUCCAUGGCGGAAUGUAUAAUUCUUCCAAUGCGCAACCGCCGCCGGGGUUGAUCGGACUGGAAAUGUCGCUCCACCACAACCGACCGCCGCCGCCGCAAAAUCCCCAAUCGAGGUAUCCGUACGGCGGCGGCGGAGGAGGAGCCAAUUCGAAGACGAAAACCCAGCCGCAGGCCCUGACGCUGAGCGACGACGACGAGCCUGGCGGCGGCGGCGGAUUCACGGCGGAGAACAGCGCCGACGACGGCGCCGGCGCCAGAAAAAACAACAACAAUGCCUCCCCCUGGCAGAGGAUGAAGUGGACGGACAACAUGGUCCGCCUCCUCAUCAUGGUCGUCUUCUACAUCGGCGACGAAGUCGCCGUCGCCGACCCCCCCGCCGCCGACAAGAAAAAAGGCGGCGGCGCCGCCCUGCAGAAAAAAGGAAAAUGGAAAUCGGUGUCGAGGGCGAUGAUGGAGAGAGGAUUCUACGUGUCCCCGCAGCAGUGCGAGGACAAAUUCAACGACCUCAACAAACGCUACAAACGCGUCAACGACAUCCUCGGAAAAGGCACGGCCUGCCGCGUCGUCGAGGAUCAGUCAUUACUCCACGCCAUGGACCAUCUCUCCCCCAAGCUCAAGGAAGAAGUCAAAAAGCUCUUAAACUCCAAACACCUCUUCUUCCGGGAAAUGUGCGCCUACCACAACAGCUGCGCCCACGCCGCCCCACCGGAGGCGGCCGCGGCACCGGCCCCUCCCGCCGCCUGCCUACAUUCAUCCGAAACCACUAAAGAAGACGACGACGACAAUGACAACGAAGAAGAUAGCGACGAAAAUGACGAUAACGAGGACGAAGAUGAUGAAGAAGAGGUGCCGAGGAAGAGGGCCAGGAAGGGAACGGCGGCGGUGGAGCGGCUGAGGGGGGAGGUGGCGGCGGUGUGGGAGGACGGCGGGAGAACGGCGGCGGAGAAGAUGCAGUGGAUGAGGGGGAAGCAGAUGCAGGUGGAGGAGCAGAGAAUCGGGCUGCAGUCGAGGUCGAUGGAGCUCGAAAAGCAGCGGCUGAAAUGGCUGAGGUUUAGCAGCAAGAAGGAGAGGGAGAUGGAGAAGGAGAAGCUGGGGAAUGAGAGGCUGAAGCUGGAGAAUGAGAGGAUGGCGUUGAUGCUGAGGCAGAAAGAGCUCGACAUUGUCAACGUCGUGGAUCUUCAUCGCCAUUACCAUAGCAGCAGCAGCAGCAGGAGGGCUGUUGAUCAUCAUCCAUCUUCCAUUACAGGAUAAUUAGUAGUAGUAAUGUUAGAGCAGAAUUUAAGAAUGUAGCAAGGAACGAAAUAACCAACGCAACGCUUACUUACGAGGAGAUGCGUCUUUAUUACAGCCAAGAUUUGAUUUGAUAGAUCCAUCAUCACGGACAAAAGGCAAAACAGGAUUGGUCGAUUCGGAUAAAUCGUCGAAUAAGUAGCAGUAAUAAACACAUCGAAUUCGGGUAAGAAACUAACUGCAGACAACAGAUGGAUGGAUGGAUGGAGGUUUUAAUCCUCGAGCUCGAUGAUCUUCACGACGGAGGCGUCUCCGACUUUCUGGCACACGACGACGCGGUCGUGUGGCUUGAUGACUCCCGAGGCUUUUCCGUGGUCGAGCGCGACUUUGAGGACCGACUCAUUGGAUGCAUUCUUGGACUCGGCCUGUAAGAUAGAGCCGGUGAGGAAUCGACCAUUAGUGAACGGAACAAAGCUAAUCCGGCGAAAGGAAUUGCGUACUUACAGGAUGUCGGGGAUCGGCGAGCAACGGGAAAAGGCCACGUACGACGAGUGAUUGUCUAGCCUGAUAUGCGGAGAAGUUCCAUUAGAUCAUCAAAGCUUAUGUAAUAAUAUGUAUUCAACAUUGAAUAUCUUUACAGACUCAGAUUCACGACUUUUUCAUA